UAUUUUAGACUCUUACAAUUGAGUGAUUGCGUAUGACUCUUUUAAUAAACGAUGUUUUUCACACGUCUUAAAGAACGUCAUCUUGAUGAAUUCCCACUAUAUUUUGAGACAAAAAUAACAAAUGAAUUUUUGCUAGAAAUUGUAGACGUAGUCAAAGAGCUGUAUAACAUAACAAUGGAGAAUAACGUUAUAGACAGCAUACUUUCACGUUGGGAAAACAAUGAUCACGAAUCUACCGCAACUUUGAUAGUGUAUAAUAGAUAUGUAGAAGGCUUUACAUAUGACAUAGUGGAAUAUCCUAAUAAUGUGUCUGAUGAUGACACGGAUCAUGGUUCUGGAAUCAUUACUGAUGAGAAUGGAGUAAGUGAUAGUUGUUUCCGAACAAAUUGCAUUUAUUUUGCAGUGACUAUAGAGCUAUUUUAUUAUGGAUGGAGCGAUUUUCCAAAUAUUUACUAUAUACUGGCUGAUUUUUAUUCCUGGGCUACGGUCAUCGUAGCUCAUCACACACAACCUCGACGUCAUGUAAAAGCAAUUCAACGAUUUUCCUCGCAUUUUUCACCGUUACUAAUGUACUAUUUCAAUGAUUUGUUUGAUCAAUCAGUUGCUUACGUUCAUGUUAGAUUUGAUUUAAAAAAUGCUGAAUCAAUUGAUGACAAAACUUACGUAAUCGACGAAGCACUUUGAAACAAUCCUAAUUCAUUUCACAUAUAAAUUAAUUUAUAACUGUAUUUACAAAAAAAGCAAAAACAUAUUUCUGAUUUUUUAACGUUUUAAUAGCUUUAAUCAUUCGUGUAAUAACAAAAAUACCGUAACAUCACUGGAGCAACAUAUUAAAAGGAACAGGUGUAGAAUAAUAUAUACAGGACAGUUAUUUUAAAAAAAUUUAGCAGUUGCAAAAAAUAAUUUGAGCAACGAUUAGCCUUGCGGGCUAGCUCCAAAACUUUCUGCUGUUUCCAAGCUCCUUAAGCUCAAUGAGCUCGAAAACAUUGAGCAUAUAUUUUCGAGCUUGUCGAGCUGUAAAAUACUCUUGAAUGUAAUUGUUUUUAAAGAGCUUUUCAAGCUCAAAAGAGUUUGGUUUUAUGUUGAAGUUUGAAAAUAUAAGAACCAGAAAAAAAAUAUUAAACGAAUAUUUUUCACAUUUUCAUUCACGAUUAUGUUUAAAAGCAUAAAUAUAUUCAGGCAGAAAUCAAUGUAAUAGAUCGAAAUAAGGAUUUAAAUCAGGUGUGACCAAAAUCAAAGUGCUAAUUUAUAAGAUUUUCAGGAAUGCUAAAAACGGUACUUAUUCAAUUUUUUUAUCGAAUCGCAUUACGUUAUGUAGUUAUCCAAGAAGACUUCGAAAUAAAGAGUUGGGAUGAUUUUGAAUACAUUACAUGUAUUCGUUACAUUACGAUUCAUUCAGCAAAGAUGACAUUUGUUAUUAAUUAAACUUGUUGUUGUCGAUGUCUUUCGAACUAAUAAACCGAUUUUGAUGUUUGAUGUGGCAAUUGGCACAUUCUCUUAAGGUUUAGAGCUGAUUGCAUUUCGAAGUCUAUCAUUUGAGACCUUUCUAAAAAAUAAAAAAAAA